AUGCACUUCCAACUCACCCUCCAGCUCCAGCUCCCCAUCCUCCUCGGCCUCACCGCCCUCGCAACAGCCCAACAAUCCGAAGUCGACUUCGCCGGCGACGUGCCCUUCCAAUGCCAACAAGACCCCUCCUGCGCGGCAGCAAUCUAUCCAGCGGCGCAGUGUCCACGGAAUCCACGCCGAAUUUCUGCGGGAAUCUGGGACAAUGUUACGGUUGUGUGGGGCAGUUUAAACGGGAGGGUGAUAUCAAGAGGCUGUGGCAGCUUUGCAAUACGUUCUAGUCUCUUCCCUCACACGCCCAAACUUGGGAUUGAGAUUAAGGAGGUCGUUUGGAGGGGGAAUGGGAGGGAAUGCUGCUUCGUUCGACUGAUUGUUCGAGAUGGAAAGAUUUGCGGGUUCUCUGUGUACAAUUCGAAAUGGCACUGCGAUUCCUUUCUUUGCAGCGAGGCAUUUCGUCUCUUCUCGGCAUCACCACGUCAAACCAAUCUGACCGGGUGA